AUGGCAAGCACAGCCUCCAUUGAGAUGCUCGAGUCUCAGCUACAUCAGAUCGAGCUGUUGCGUGCCAUGUACUCACCAGAAGAGCUGAAGGUAGAAGAGGAGACUGACAAGAUCCUCGAACAAUGCCGAGUAUGGUGCGAGAAUCCAAGUGGCACCGCACCUGCCGUUCCUGAAGAGAUAAGCCUGCGCCUCACGCUCCCGGUGAGCGAAUGCGAUGCGAAAGAGAUCUCAAUGAACAUCUCCAUACCCAUGAACAUCAGCAGCCGUGUAGACAGUGAUCUCGCCGCAAGCAGAGUGCGCCCAAUCCAGCCCUCCUGGCUCACCCGCGCAGAAACAGCCCAGCUCUCAACCAACAUGCCCUCCUCCGACCUCUCCUCCGCCAUCGACCAUAUCCGCGACCAAGCCAGCCUCCAGCUCAGCGCCCUUUCCACCGUCUGCCGACCACCCGCAUCCGACCCGAAUGGCGUUCCAAAGCCCCUCGUCCGCGUCUGCCUCUACUUCCCCUCCAUCAGCACCCGGCAAAAACGCAACGACAUCGUAACGAUUGCUCCCACCUACAGCCUCACCGGCUUCCUCCUCGCCGGCAAGCCCGGAAUUCUGUGUCUGGAGGGUGGCGCGCAGGAUAUAGAUGAUUACAUGAAGUAUAUCAAGACGGGAAGUUGGGGGGAUAUCCCGUCUCAGCUUAAGAAAGUGUCUGAACGGCAUAGGGAAACGCAGGAUGUGAGGAGGGUGUUUGAGGGAAUGGAGGAGACUACGGACAAGUUGGAUAAGCGAGGGGAGAGGAGUAAUAGAGGGGAUAUGAGAGCGCUGGAGGCGUGGUUGGUGGAAAGGGGAUUGGAAGGGGUUGUGGGAAGGGUGCUCAUGUGA